AUGGCUAAUAAUAAUGAAGCAACACCAAUCUCUACACCUAAAAUGCCUAAACUAGUUGAUUUAGAUAAUCUUCCAUGGGAUCCCAUUGAUAGGAUACGUGGGGGUGAUUCAUUUACAAUAAAAGGAUUUAAUUGUUGGAACAAAACCGAGAGUCUUGUUAAGCAUGUUGGUGAAAUCAAUAGUCAUCACAAUAGAGCUCUUAAAAGUUGUGAGGAUCUGGUAAAUCCAAAGCAAAAUAUUGAAAUGGCUUUUCAUAAACAAGAUGAUGUCGUGAGGCGUGCAAAUCGAAUUCGCUUAAAUGCUACAGUUUCUGCUUGUAGAUUUUGUUUGAAAUGUGCAUUACCUUUUCGUGGUCAUGAUGAGAGGGAAACAUUUCUUUUCAAAGGAAACUUUUUGGAAACAAUGGAUUUAAUUUUAAGUCAAAAUGAGGAACUUCGUAAUUUGCCAAAAGCCGCCGGGAAUAAUCAAUAUAAGGCUCCAUCAAUCCAAAAAGAUAUUGCCACUUGCUUUGAACUUGAAAUAUUUAAAUCCAUUUUUCAAGAAAUUGGUGAUGACGUGUUUUCUUUGCUAGUUGAUGAGUCUAGUGAUGUAUCUCAAAAAGAACAAAUGGCUAUAGUUUUACGAUAUGUUGAUGCUUAUGGACUUGUUAAGGAGAGAUUUGUGGAACUUAUCCAUGUUAAGGAAACAACCUCUUUAUUUCUUAAAGAUGCCAUUGAUACUUUCUUUGCUCAACAUAAAUUGAGUUUGGGUCGUUUAAAAGGACAAGGUUAUGAUGGAGCAAGUAAUAUGCGCGGGGAGUUCAAUGGGUUAAAAGCAAGGAUCUUGGAAGUAAAUAAGUCGGCUUAUUAUGUCCAUUGUAUCACCAACAUAUUGUCACAAGCUCUUCAAAGAAAAAAUCAAGACAUUGUGGAAGCGGCUUCAUUAGUGACAUCAACCAAAGAGAAACUUCAAGAGCUUAGAUCAAAUGGUUUCGUUUUGAUUUUAGAGAAAGUUUCAACUUUUUGUGGUGAAUAUGGUAUUCCAUUGUUGGAUAUGGAGGAAACUUGUGUGAAUUCAAGAAGAAAAAGGGGCAACAUCACGAAUCGACAACAUUAUGAGGUUGAUUGUUUUAAAACCAUUAUGGAUAAAGUAAUUAUAGAGUUUUGUGAUCGUUUUAGUGAAGUUAACACCGAAUUACUUGAAAAUAUGAUUGCUUUGAGCCCGUGCAAGUCAUUUUCUAAGUUUGACAUAUCAAAGUUAAUGAGUUUGAGUGAGUUGUAUCCAUAUGAUUUUGAUAGUGUUGAAAGGAGAACACUUGAACAUGAGCUUAACUUUUACCAUCAUAAUGUGCGAAAAGAUGAAAGAUUUGCUAACUUAAAUGGUAUUACCGAUCUUGCUAGAGUGAUGGUGGAAACAAACAAACAUAAAUCUUAUCCAUUGGUCUAUCGAUUGUUAAAAUUAGCAUUGAUUUUGCCUGUUGCAACUGCUACGGUUGAGAGAUGUUUUUCGUCAAUGAAGCUUGUGAAAUCCGACUUGCGCAACAGAAUUGGCGACGAGUUUUUGAAUGCUUGUCUAACUUGUACUAUAGAAAAAGAAGCUUUAGCCAAUGUGAAAAAUGAAAAUGUCAUUGCUCGUUUUAACAAGGUUCAUCGUAAAGGAAAGUUAAUUCCUGCUGGUCUAUUGGAGAAUUCCUGCUGGUUUAUUGCAAGUUCCUGUUGCAGAAUUAUAGUUGUUUUUCUGCUGAACUAUGGCUGUUAUUCUCCUGUUUUUGGUGCAGAAUUGCAACAGUUUUUAGUGCAGAAUUUCAGCAGUUUUUGGUGCAGAAUUGCAGCAGUUUUUGGUGCAGAUUUAUGGCCUAUCUCAAGUUGUAAUUGGUGCAGAAUUGUUGUAGAACUCAUGUUGUUUUUCAUCAAAGGUAUUGCAAUUUGUUCUUUCAUCUAA